AUGCCAGAAUACAAUGUCAAGUCCAUCCAAAACCAAAUUUGGUUCAUCAAAACCAAGACUCUUGGAGACAAGGCUUCUGGUUCCAACCCAUCUACGCCAUCUAAGGGUGGAAUGAAGGAUGCCAAAACUCCGACGAAGUCUCCUGCGUCUGCAAAGCGUGAGCGGGCCGAAGUUGAUGAUGCCCAGGCUGACUCUGUCCCUGACUCCGCGACCCCAACGAAGAACCGCCGCUCCAAGAAAGUGAAGACGGAGAGCAAGCAGGAAGUUAAGCAGGAAGUCAAGUCUGAGGACGUCUGA